UAUUGUUAGUGCCCUUAAAUUUGCAGUAAGACUAUAAUCGUACUUCGGGUGUUAAGCUGCUCCAGCUCUUAUGAUUUAAAUUGACUACGCAAAAUUUAGAAGAUGGCUAUUCAGUGUUGCUGGUUCCAUACUUUAGGGGCAAAUUCAACUGGCCCAUGGCAUGUUCAAGUCUUGGAACCACUAUUUUAGACUUCAUUUCCGCUGUCAUUACUGGAUAUAGGAGAAGCGAGUGACCUUGCUUUCCCUAAAACAAGCCAGGAUUGCAGCUGCAGCAGGCAGACACUUGUCAAAAAACAGAAGCAUAAUAGGGCCUGGUGGCACACACCUGUAAUCCCAGCAUUGAGAGGCUGAGACAGGACGAACUCGAGGCCAGUCUGGAAGAUUGGGUGAGUUCAAAGCCAGUCCAAACUACAUAGCGAGGCCCCGUCUCAGGCAGUAGAUGCAGAACUCUGGGUCCCGGGGACGCCAGGGGUGAGGCAGGGACUUCCUCCGCCCAGACCCCUGGCCGGCGGGUGGGGCGGGGCUGCAGCCCAAGGUUGGAGCGCACGUCACCUCCGCCGGUCCCCUCCGCCGCCCGCCCGGCUCCGCUCCCGACAUCUCCGAAGGUCCUGCUUCUUGCCCAGCGGGCUAUGAUCGGCUCUAGUCGACAGGUAUAAGGCGAGAGAGGCAACAACGCCGCCAGCCUCACCCCGAGCCCUCCCGGCAACCCGCCCGCCCCUCUCGGCCGACCUCCGGGCCGCAGCCAGAAACCGCGGGCCAAUAGCCGGGGGACCGCUCAGGGGCGGAGGCCGCCUCUACGCCCCCACCCGCGCCCGCGUCACGGCGCCGCCCCGCCCCUCGCAAGCGCGGCGGCCGAGCGGGUACAGCCGGCGAGGCGCGGAGGCAGAGCCGGCACCCCUGGACGGAGAGAGGGGAGAUCCCUGUGUCAACUCGCGCCAACCAGUGGGAUCCCUGUGUCGCCGCAGAAAGCCACCGCCCCCAGACCUGGACCCCCGCUCUGCUGCAAGCUGGCUGUGGAUUGAGGAUAAGUAGCGGGAAGGGCGAGGCCCCGCGGCCCAAAGUCUGACCCUCGGUUGUCCUCCACUGACCUGAGAAAUAAUUACCAAGCAGACUGAGGCAGGACAUGGAUAGAGCUUGCCUAGCAUUCACAAGGCCUUGGGUUUAGUCCGAACACCAGAAGAUAAAUAAAUUAACUGGCCAGCUGGAAAGUAGACAUUUGGCUUCUGUCCUUUCGCCCCUUGGCCUUGGUAUUGUUCUCUACGGAGCACAAAGCAGGGAGCAGAGGAUGAGAGACAGGCCAGCCACCAUGCUUCUGCUGCACAGACCUGUGGUCCUUGGCCUUCGACAGGCCUUCAGGUCAACUCCUUCAAGGCUCUGCAUUCAGACCUGCUCCACAAAUGAUUCACUUCAGCCCCAGCACCCCAUCCGCAACUUCUCUGGUGAUAACUGCAGCACUAGGGGAUGGAAGGUCAUGGGGACCCUGCUAGGCCUUGGUGCGGUGUUGGCCUAUCAUGACCAUCGGUGUAGGGCUGCUCAGAAGCCACCACACAUGUACACUAAGGAGGAAGUGAGUUCCCACAGAAGCCCUGAGACUGGGAUCUGGGUAACUCUGGGCUGCGAGGUUUUUGAUGUCACAGAAUUUGUCGAUCUACAUCCAGGAGGUCCAUCAAAGCUGAUCCUAGCAGCCGGGGGCCCCCUCGAGCCUUUCUGGGCCCUCUAUGAUUUUCACAACCAACCUCAUGUGCGUGAGUUACUGGCUAAGUACAAGAUUGGGGAUCUGAGCCCUGAAGACAAUGUGUCCCCAACCUUGGAGACCUCUGACCCUUACGCUGAUGAUCCUAAGCGUCACCCAGCCCUGAAGGUCAACAGCCAACGCCCCUUUAAUGCAGAGCCUCCGCUUGAGCUGCUGACCGAAACCUACAUCACACCCAACCCUAUCUUCUUCACCCGGAACCAUCUGCCUGUACCUAACCUGGACCCUGAUACCUAUCGCUUGCAUGUAGUAGGGGCACCGGGACAUCCGUCACUGUGUCUGUCCCUGGAUGACUUGUGCAAGUUUCCCAAACAUGAGAUCACUGUCACUCUGCAGUGUGCCGGCAACCGGCGCUCUGAGAUGAUGCAGAUCAAGGAAGUGAAAGGUCUGGGGUGGAGGACUGGGGCCAUCAGCACUGCCUGCUGGGCUGGGGCACGGCUCUGUGAUGUGUUAGCCCAGGCUGGUCACCAGCUGUCUGACACUGAGGCCCACGUCUGCUUCGAGGGACUAGACUGCGACUCCACUGGGACCGCCUACGGAGCGUCCAUCCCUCUUGCUCGGGCCUUGAAUCCCGAAGCUGAGGUCCUGCUGGCGUACGAGAUGAACGGGCAGCCUCUGCCGCGUGACCAUGGCUUCCCCGUGCGGGUGGUCGUUCCUGGUGUGGUGGGUGCUCGCCAUGUCAAAUGGCUGGGCAGAGUCAGUGUGGAGGCAGACGAAAGCCACAGCCACUGGCAGCGGCGCGAUUACAAAGGCUUCUGUCCGUCUGUGGACUGGGACACUGUAGAUUUCGACUCGGCUCCAUCUAUUCAGGAACUUCCGGUGCAGUCGGCCAUCACAGAGCCUCGGGAUGGGGAGACCAUAGAGUCAGGGGAUGUGACUGUCAAGGGCUAUGCGUGGAGUGGUGGCGGUAGGGCCGUGAUCCGGGUUGACGUGUCUCUGGACGGAGGGCUAACCUGGCAGGCAGCUGAGUUGGAUGGAGAGGAACAGCGCCCCAGAAAGGCCUGGGCCUGGCGUCUCUGGCAGCUGCAAGCCCCUGUGCCAGCUGGGCAAAAGGAACUGAACAUUGUUUGCAAGGCUGUGGACGACAGCUACAACGUGCAGCCAGACACCGUGGCCCCAAUCUGGAACCUGAGAGGUGUGCUCAGCAAUGCCUGGCACCGCGUCCGUGUCCGUGUCGCCCCGUGAGCGCGGGGAGUGAAGCCCUCUAUACCCCAGGACCGCCCAGCUCCGUUCUCCACCCAGCCCGUGACCUCGCUGUCACGAAGAACCUUUCCCUGUCCGCCUCUGGGAUCAACCCCAUGCUGUGCCUUACAGUCACACUCAGGUACACAGACGGCAUAUUUCUAUCCAGGCACCCUUCCUUCUUUGCCACUGUGUUAUAGACCCCUCUUGGCCCCUGACCCUGCGCCAGGAGGUGAGAGCUGGCUGAGCAGAGGGCUGGCGGUGAGAAAAUAAUCGUGGAGAGGAGCCCUGUGUUCGAAUUCCACCCACGUCCACUUCUGCCUAUCGCCAUCCUUUAUUUUGCUUUUAAAUUCUUCAGAGAAUGUGUAUGGUAUGUGUGACAAAACUGCCACUUUUCACGGUCUCUGUGUUCCCACGAAGUUGAGAGGGACAGUGCGGACCCAGCCCUCUGUUUAUAGCUCUACUCUUUGUAAAGGCAUCAAUAAAAUUGACUCUGUGACCUC